CCCACUUUUUCUGUACGGUAGCUACUGUACUUUACUACGGUACGAGUACCGUGCCGUACUUACAGUAACUCGUACGCAAAUGGAAAAGGUCUUGCGGGUUGAUCAAAUAAAUUCCAAGUUAUCAUUGUAACGAUGGAAUUCCGRACUCAGCUUUCGAAGUAAAGAGUCACGCAACUGCUCGGAUACGUUUCAAAACAGAAUAAUGACCUCAACCAAUGCACUCGAUCCAUCCUCCGUUGCGGAAGAAGGGGAGGCAGGUGAGGCCACUUUACUGGUAUCAGAAUUUCCCCCUCCGCCAUUUUACUACACCGAAGCGUCGACGUUGACACCACCCGAAAUCCCGAAGGAAGCCCUUGAACGAGGGACCAGAAAGGCAGCUUCGGCCGCUGCUGCUGCUCGUGCCAAAGCAGAGCAGCAGAGAUUGGCAGAUCAAACAGGGGAUGUAUUGGGUGGUGUCUUGGCCGGGAACGCAGCGAAUGAAUUAGAGCAGGAAGAGGAAGGUGAUGUCGUGGCAGUUUUUGGAGAAGUUGUAGAAGAUCCGUUGUUAUUCMAGCCGUUGGACCCGUGUGAGGAUCCACUCGUAAUUCGAGACGAAGUGAAAAGGUUAAACCGCGAAGUCGUUCGAGGAUUCAUAAAUUUAGUUAACGACCUAGUCAAUCGACCGGCUGAAAAUAAGUGAGUACCAAUAAUGAWUUUCAAUCCCAAACCGUCGGAAAUGAAUGGUGACAUUGUCCCACUUCAAAGUAACGGUGCUAAACAUUUCAUUUCUUUUACCCUCUCACCCGAAAUGGAAUUGRUUYGCUCCAUCAAUAAAUCUAAAUGAUAAAUGGAUAUUGAAUUCUAGAAAGCGGAGGGACGAACUCGAACACAAUGUAUUUCUCAUGUUGGAAGAAACCAACAAAUUCCGAGAACACCAAUCCCGGGAGCUUUUGAUUGAGAUCUUAGAAAAACAAAACGAGGAGCGUGAAAAGUUGAUUCAAGAACUGGAAGCCAAGAUUUUACAAUCCGAUAAACUCCUUGCAGAGGAUCCUUCUAACACCAUCAUAAUGGACGCGUUAUGAWCACAUUCAAUGAUUUACUGUGGGGAAUUCGCACUAGCCUAAGCUACGUUGGAUGUCUUAACUCAUGUCAAGAUAUGGAUCUUUGUCGACUCAUUGUUUUCAAWACAUUAAMUGGUGAGAGGGGAUUGAUUCAAGAGCUGGUUAACUCCGUUUGGAACUCACUUGUUUAWUGGGCGGCAGGGCAUCAUCAAGUACGAAAAUUUCAGGAAAUUCUGACGAGCUCAGCUCAUUUCAGUUCUUUCUGAUGCAUGAUGUUUUWGGAGUUUUAUUUUUCAAUUUCRAUGUCACUUACUGCAAAAGGAGAAUGAUUUCCUAGAGAAUGGCAGAAACUUUUGGGAAAAAAUUAUACAGAAAAUG